AUGUCUCCGUCGGAAAAUCGCAGCCGCCCUACGGCCAGCUCCGACGGCGUGGCUCCACCGUGGUCUUCUCUUCCCAUGGAUCUCGUCCACCUGGUCGGCUGGCGGGUGCUCGCCGGAGACCUGCUGGACUACGUCCGGUUCCGCGCCGUAUGCGCACACUGGCGGUCCAGCACGGUCUGCCCGCUCGGACGUGGCAUCGUCGACCCGCGCUUCCACCCGCGCCGCUGGAUGAUACUACCCGAGGGCCACGGCGUCCACCCCGGUGACGGCAAGAAGCGCUUCCUCAACCUCUCCACCGGAGCUUUUGCCCGCGUUCGGCUGCCGCUCUUAACCGAGCACCGAGUCCUCGUGUCGGCCGAAGGCCUCCUCCUCCUGGGGCCGUACAGCCGCCGAGACACUGGCACGAUCUUGAUCCUUCACCCCUUCACCGGCGACAUCGUGAAGCUUCCGCCGCUCAUGCCCCUCCUGGAAUCAUACUGGGCGAUGCUUCCUGGCAUGGGACGACAUUACUAUAUGCAACUCGAUUUCGUUGCCUCCUUGAGUGUGAGCGCAGAUGGAACAGUGGCGGUCAUGAUCGUGCAUCAAUAUUUACCCUGCGUAUUGUUCGCUACCACCAAGGAUGAGCAAUGGAGGGCCUCGUCAUGGGACCUCGCACCCCUCUCCCGGCCAAUUUCAUUCCAAGGCAGGUUAUACAUCUUGACGCCACCCGCCACACAUGGCAGCCAGCAACUGAUUAUGCUGGUCGGUCCACCUCGUCAUGAGCACGCUACGAUGCCAUCUUCUUUGGCACCGCCAAAGUUGAUUGCCACGUGUCCCAAAGGAAAAUAUCAUCAUCGCCUCUUUCUGAUCGGUCUAGCGGAAUGUGACUCGCAGAUCUUAGCGAUUGGUUUCGAGGAACUGCGAGGAUUAUUUAUUUGCAAAGUUGCAGAUCUUACCAUGGGCAAAGUUUCCCCCAUGCCAAGCAUCGGAGGCAACACUAUCUUCCUUAUCGAGCGGAGUACGAGAAUCCAAAGCGGUGAUAUUAUUAUCUCAAGGAGUAUGACUAGCAGUUGUAGGGUGAUGCCAACCGUUCAGAGCGAUACCAUUGUAUGUCGUCGUCAGAAUUAUCCUUGGCAGUAUCACCUCGGCACUGGUAAUUGCUCACGGAUAAUGUGUGGAUGUGGCGUCCAAGAUGGUUACACCAUAGAAGGAGGUUGCAAUUGUGGCCUCAUCUACCACAUCUACCACUGCUGCCAUUGUCCCGAUGACUGGUUGAGCACAUAUGUAUUCAAAGUUUAGCUAUCCUGCAGUCAGAACCUUGAUUCUUUUGCUAUGUAUCGUGAGCCCCAAUGGUUGAAUU